GAGAGAGAGAGAGAGAGCAGCAGAAGGGCCUUCUUGAUUGAAGCAUUGCAAUGGCAGUGGCGACGGCUUCUGAUUCGCUUCGUUCGUGGAGGUUCGGCCUCCUCUGCCUGCUGGUGGUUAUCUGGAGACCUGCUGCCGCCGCAGGCUCUUACGGCAGUUUGCCGGCCGGCUUUAAGCCGACGGCUUGGUCCCUUGCCCAUGCCACUUUUUAUGGGGAUGAGACUGCCUCCGAGACAAUGGGAGGCGCUUGCGGAUAUGGAAACCUCUUCCAAAAUGGAUACGGGACGGACACGGCCGCCUUGAGCUCGACCCUCUUUGACGACGGCUACGCGUGCGGGCAGUGCUACCAGAUCAAGUGCGUCCAGUCACCCUGGUGCUUCAAAGGGGUCGUGUUCACGACGGUGACCGCGACCAACCUCUGCCCGCCAAACUGGUCCCAGGACUCCAACGCCGGCGGGUGGUGCAACCCGCCGCGAGCCCACUUCGACAUGUCCAAGCCCGCGUUCAUGAAGAUAGCUCAGUGGAAGGCGGGCAUCGUCCCCGUCAUGCAUCGGAGGGUCCCCUGCGUGAGGACCGGCGGGAUUCGGUUCCAGUUCCAAGGCAACGGGUACUGGCUCCUGGUGUACGUGAUGAACGUGGGAGGAGCAGGCGAUGUCGCCAGCAUGUGGGUCAAGGGGAGCCGGACCGGGUGGAUCAGCAUGAGCCACAACUGGGGCGCCUCGUACCAGGCCUUCGCCACCCUCGGCGGCCAAGCCCUCUCCUUCAAGCUCACCUCGUACACCACCAAAGAGACCAUCGUCGCCUUGAACGUCGCCCCUUCCAACUGGAGAGUGGGGAUGACCUACAAGGCCAACGUCAACUUCCGUUGAUUGCCUGUGCAAUCGCAUGGCGUUUACAUCUUACUUCUUUUUCUACCCGUUUGAUCGCUCGCGCAACCACGCCCUAUCUUUUGUCUUCUCGGUUUUAACCUAUGAGAAUUUCUUCUUCUAAAGUCAUUAAAGAUUGAAAAAUGAUUGAGUGAUAGUAUUUGAUAUACUGUGAGAAUGAUAAUUUUAAAUAUUUAAUGUUCCGGUGUAAGACUGCCAGCGGGAAGAUGCUUGAGAUGGCUGAAAUUGAAAGGACAAAUGUACACGACCUUGCAUUUGAGAAAGGACAAUAAUUUCUAAAA